AUGAUCCAUUGCCUUCUCCUCUGCAAUCCAUUCCUUACCUUAUUGCUCCAACCUGCCAGCUUACAUUUUGCAUUUGUAUUCUCUCUCUCUCUCUCCCCCCCUUCUUAGAUUCUUCUUCUUCUUCCUUCGAUUUGGGUUUGCUCUCAUUAGCCCUCUUCAAAGGCCACUUCCUUAAUCAUACGACUGAAACAGAGAUAAAGAGUUACUUGUUGUUCUUCUGUGUAGGAAGGAAGGAGAUUGUUUGAUAUGCUCUCGUGAAAUGGGUUUCUCUCAGGCUAUUCGCCUGAACCUUUCUUCCUACUCUUCUCUCUCUCCCUGCCAUCAGACAAGUGUAAAUCAGAAGCAGAAGACUCUAGUUGCGUUCAAAGGAAAGAGACGUUCUUUACUCAACGUUAAAUCAGUCCUGAACAAUACAAGACCAAGCUUCAACGACAAUGGAACAGCCGAGCCUUCCAAGGUUCUUUUGGAUAAACUAUUCGCUCGGACACAGGAACUGGAGGGCCAAACGAGUCAGAACUCGGUGUAUCCUCCUCCUGAUGAGCCUCUGUCCUACUCAAGCAGCCUUGAGUCUGAACUCCAGGCUGCGCUAAUGGCCUUGUUGAAACGGGAAGAAGAUUUGCAUGAUGCAGAGAGGAAGGUUCUCUCCGAGAAGAAGAAACUAAACCGGGCGAAGGAAGGGCUGGAGAAGCGGGAGAGAGUGAUCGCCGAAGCUUCUUCGAAGCACGAGAGUCUACAAGAGGAGCUGAAGCGGGCCAACGUGGAGUUGGCUUCACAGGCAAGAGAGAUCGAAGAGUUGAAGCAUAAGCUUAGGGAAAGAGACGAGGAGCUCGCUGCUAUGCGGUCGUCCUUGACUUUUAAAGAGCGUGAGCUGGAUCGAAUGCGCGUCGAGAUUUCGAUCAAAAGCAAGGAGGUUUCCGUGGCGAGUUUUGAGUUUGAGAACAAGUCACAGCUCUUGAGCCAAGCCAACGAGAUCGUCAAGAGACAGGAAGAUGAGAUAAAUUUACUUCAGAGAGCACUCAAGGAGAAGGAAGAAGAGCUAGAAGUCUCUAUAGCGGCGAAGAAGCUUGAGGGGGAAAAGCUCAGAGAAACAGAAGCCAGCUUGAGGAAGCAGACGGAAGAGUGGUUGGUAGCUCAGGUUGAAGUGAGUAAGCUUCAGGAAGUAACCGUGAAACGCUUGGGAGAAGCUAACGAAACCAUGGAGGACUUCAGGAGAGUGAAGAAGCUUCUGACCGAUGUGAGAUUCGAGCUUGUUUCUUCACGGGAAGCUUUGUUAUCUUCAAGAGCGCAAAUGGGAGAAAAGGAACUGUUAUUAGAAAAACAGCUAGAAGAACUCGGACAGAGGAGAAGCGUGUUGUCGUAUAUGCAAAGCUUGAGAGAUGCUCGCAGUGAAGUAGAGAGCGAGAGAGUAAAGCUCAGAGUCGCCGAGGCUAAGAACUUUGCACUCGAGCGGGAGAUAUCACUCCAAAAAGAACUCUUGGAAGAACUACGAGAGGAGUUGAAGAAAGAGAGAUCUUUAUUGGAGAAAGCUAUGCUUGAUAUCUCCACCAUUCAAGACGAGCUCGACAAGAAAACUAACGAGUUUCAGGUGUCACAGAGUCUACUUCAAGAGAAAGAGUCGAGCUUGGUGGAGGCCAAGCUAGAGAUUCAGCAUCUGAAGUCUGAACAGGCUUCUCUAGAGCUAUUACUGCAAGAAAAAGAUGAAGAGCUCACUGAAGCGAGGAAUAAACUGGAAGAAGUGAACCGUGAGGUUACAGAGCUAAAGAUGCUUAUGAUCAAUAGAGAAGAUGAGCUUACGCAGGCAGCUGAAUUGCUGAAGGAGAAAGACGUCCACCUUCACAGAAUCGAAGAUGAGUUAGGCAGUUCCGAGAUGCGAGUGAGUGAAGCUGAGAUGGUGGUGGAAAGAAUCGCAGAGCUGACUAGCAGAUUGGUUAUGUCAACCACCAAGGAUCUGAUAAGCGUUGAAGCACUAGAGAAACAACCUCGUGUUGAUUACGGAAUGGAGAACAAGCGGCUGGUGAUGGAGUUAAACUUCACCAGAGAGAAUCUACGGUUGAAAGAGAUGGAGGUUUUAGCUGCGCAGAGGGCUCUGACGUUUAAAGACGAAGAGAUCAAUGUGGUGAUGGGAAGACUAGAAGCAAAGGAGAGGGAACUCAAGAAACUGAAAGAAGAAACUGACAGUGAUAGUGAAGAUUUGAAAAUGCUAUACGCAUUGGCGCAAGAGAGAAUAGAAGGGAAAACAAUGGGUGAUCUAGCCAUAGAGAAGCUUCAGCUAGAGGCAGCUCAGCUCGAAGUGGAAGCUGCAACGAGCGCAUUACAGAAGCUUGCGGAGAUGAGCACAGAGCUUCUAACUCAAGCUGACAUGAGUAUCAUCGAUGCAGAUUCUAGUUUCGUUGUGAUACCAGAUGACGAGGUUAAUCAGCAGGAAAACAGUUGUAUAGACGAGGUAAAAACAGAAGUUGGGAGGCUCUGGUCAUUGACAGAGAAACUCCUAGAGAAUGCAGGAAUGGUUGAUGGUACAUCCACAUGUAUUGAAGGAUUAUGAAGAGAUUAGAUCAUGCAGAUUAACUUUAUAAGGUUCAUCUGUGAUGUGAUUUUUGUGUGUGGAUCUGUAGUCUUACCUGGUGUUAAAUAAAUAUGUUGAGUCUCAAAACUAAGAUUGUUCUGCAUACAGGGACUGUAAAGGUUAGACAUGUAACUGUAUCCUCUUA